AUGGCGGAUGAAUCAACAGCGACAUGUGGUGAAGGUUUCAAUUGUGUAGCAUGUGACCGUCCCGAUGCUUGGUGUGACCUCGUGCAGUGUGAAGAUUGCCUAAAUUGGUGGCACCAGCGAUGCGCCGGAGUCACCGGGUCGAUCAAAGAUCAUCCCUGGUCAUGCCGUAAUUGUAUCCCAGCUAGCAGUGCUGCGUCCAAAAGCACCACCGGUAGUGCAAAAGCAAGAGCACUUACCUUGCAACUAGCCAAGUUGAAUGAGAUGCGUGACGCGGAGAGGAAGAAUCUGGAACUCAAAUCGCAAUCCGACCUCGCCUACAUCCAGCAGAAAUACAGUAUUUUGGAAGAGAAGCUGGAGCUGGAUGCGGAAGACGAUCUUCCCAGCGGGAGAAGCCGUAUCAGUCGCAAAAAUGCCCAGGCGAAUGUUGUAGAAUGGGUUCGGAAACAAACAGGGCAAGAAGAUGGCGCUGUAGGUGUAGAGGAUCAACAAGCGGCCGCUCUGCCCGAUGAGAUGCAAUCCUGUAAAGCAAAUGAAAUGAAUCAGUCGCACGACAAGGGCGCGAUUCCCAAACACAGUCCGAAGCCACCGCUGUUGGAACGAUCGGCAGCGGACAGGCAGAAAUCAAAUCCGAUGCCCUUGAUUCCAGAGCUGACGACGCCAAAAUUACCGUCUUCGAAACAACUGUUGUUGAAGGGAAAUUUGUUUAUUCCAAAACCACAGUUAAUGGGACAACCUAAACCGCGGUUUCCUCCAACGAAGCUACAUCUGCUGGUUCGGGAUUCUGUACCUUCAGGUACUCCAAAUGUGGCUAAAACUCCACGGGCAUCGGGUAAAUCCUUGCUAACCACGCCAGGAGAGUCCGAUAGCAUCGACAUCAAUGAGGACCAAGAUGAAAUUCAGCCUUGCCUAAGUGAAGAUGGGAACCUUCAGUCGCUAGUACAACAACUUGGACUUGGCCCAGCUGACAUUCCCAAUAUAAAACAACAAUAUAUUCAUUGUGCACCCUCUUCCUCGCAAUUGGCUGCGAGACAGGUAAUGCCCCGUGACCUGCCAUCCUUCUCCGGAAAUCCUGCCGAUUGGCCGGUCUUUAUUAGUAACUUUACCACAACUACUCUUGCCUGUGGAUACAGUCCCGCGGAAAACCUCAUUCGAUUGCAAAGAUGCCUAAAAGGCCCGGCAUUGGAAACCGUUCGCAGCCGUUUACUUCUCCCGGAGUCAGUCCCACACAUCAUAGAAACCCUUCGUUUACUAUACGGUCGUCCUGAACUAUUGAUAAACGCACUUUUGGCGAAAGUACGAUCUGUUCCUGCACCGAAAGCAGAGAAGUUGGAAUCCCUGAUCGAUUUCGGAAUAGCGGUUCAAGGCUUGUGCGAUCACUUGGAAGCAGCCAAUCAACGCGCUCACCUCUCAAACCCAUCGUUGCUGCUCGAACUGGUCGACAAGCUGCCCGUACACGUGAGGCUUGAUUGGGCCGCAUACACACGAGAGGUCGCGGAGGUCAACCUGCAGGACUUUGGGGAGUUUAUGUCCGAAGUAGUAAGGAAUGCUAGUCGUGUUACACUCUAUUCCGGAGUGGUAAAAAUAUGCGAGGAAAACAGCAAAUCAAGGCGAGGGACGCUGAACGUACAUACCGACAGUGAGCAUCCAAGCAAUUCCAGUGUACCGGAGAAGUCGUGCCCAGCGUGCAGUGGUAAAGACCAUCGCCUAAAGGAUUGCGAUCGCUUCAAGUCAUACAACGUGGACGGUCGGUGGAAGUUGCUGCAAAAUACAGGCAUUUGUCGUAAUUGUUUAAAUUUCCACGGCAGGAGAGCGUGUCGAUUGAACAGCGUUUGCGGUGUAGGCGGAUGUCAUUUUCGUCACCAUCCCCUAUUACACUCAGGCCCUCGCUCCAACGAACUAAUGCAAGGAGAACAAUCCACAAUACAGUCAGCGAACGCUGAGAAUCAUGUCCAUCGUUGUUCGGAGCAAGCCAUUCUCUUCAGAAUUGUCCCGAUCACACUUCACGGACCUGAAGUGGACAUAGAAACUUUCGCGUUUCUGGAUGAUGGUUCUUCUUUAACACUGAUCGAAAGCGCUCUGGUGGAACAGCUAGGGGUAGGUGGUGAUCCACAACCACUCUGCCUCAAGUGGACCGGAAACAUGUCACGCCUAGAAAAAGCGUCGAUGAUCGUCCAACUGGCGGUAUCGGGCUGCAACACACAACAGUUAGAAAUGAAAGACGUGCGCACGGUGAAAAAUCUCAACCUUCCACGUCAAACCCUGGACAUCGAGCAACUGUCGAGUAAGCAUCAACACCUGCGAAACCUACCAAUAUUCAGUUAUUACGACGCGGAGCCACGUAUCCUAAUAGGAAUCAAUAAUCUAAGGUUGAUGGUCCCUCUUCAGGUAAAAGAAGGUGACGUCGGGGAGCCAGUUGCUGUACGCACCAGGUUGGGAUGGAGUGUAUACGGUGGAACGAAAUCUCGCGAAACUAUCCCUUCAUUGAACUACCAUGAUUGCCAGUGUUCAACCGACGAAACACUGCACAACAUCGUCAAAGACUAUUUUGCCAAGGAGGACGUGGGAACUCAUCCUCACCAUGCGCUAGAGUCGGAUGAAGAAAAAAGAGCCCGAUACAUAAUGGAACAUAGUACAGUUCGCGUUGGUGAUAGGUUCGAGACAGGCUUGAUCUGGAGAUAUGAUAACUUCGAAUUCCCAGAUAGCUUUUCGAUGGCGCUGAAGAGACUGGAAUGUUUGGAGCGCCGGAUGGCCAGAAACCCAGUGCUGAAGGCGAAUCUGUUUCGACAAAUUAAGGAGUACGAAGACAAAGGUUACUCCAAUCGUGUCAGCGAAGCAGAACUGCUAGAAGCCGACCCGAGAAGAGUGUGGUAUUUACCACUUGGAGCAAUCAUACAUCCAAGGAAACCGGAAAAGGUCCGGAUGAUAUGGGACGCCUCAGCCAAGGUCGACGGCAUAUCGUUGAAUGAAAUGUUGCUGAAAGGUCCUGAUCAACUUACUGUGUUACCCGCUGUCCUGUUUCGGUUUCGUCAGUUUUCAAUAGCCGUCUCAGCCGAUAUCGAGGAAAUGUUUCACAGAGUCCUAAUCCGUCGAGAAGACCGGCACGCUCAACGUUACCUAUUCCGCAGCGAUCCUUCGAAGCCUCCAGAAGUUUACAUUAUGAACGUGGCGACGUUCGGUUCGGCAUGCUCACCCGCAUCCGCCCAAUAUGUAAAAAACUUGAACGCGUCGGAGUUCGCAGAGUCUCACCCCAGAGCUGUAGAAGGGGUUCUCAAAAGCCACUAUGUCGAUGACUAUCUUGAUAGUUUCCCCAAUGAACACGAGGCCAAACAAGUUUCCGCGGACGUGCGGAUGAUCCACACAGCGGGUGGUUUCAACAUACGCGGGUGGCGUUCCAAUAGUAAGGUAGUUCUCGAACACUUGGAUGAACAUACUUUGUCGCAGCCUAAAUACCUGAACAUGGAUGGAGCUGUAAACUACACGCGUGUACUCGGUUUACUCUGGCUACCGGAAGAGGACUUGCUUAGUUUUUCGGUGGUACUUCACAAAGAUCUGCAGAAUCUGAUCGAUAAAAAAGAAUAUCCAACGAAACGACUGGUUCUUAGAGUUCUAAUGUCAUUUUUUGAUCCUCUCGGAAUGCUGGCUCCUUUCAUAAUUCAGGGUAAAAUCCUACUGCAGCAAAUCUGGCGAUCAGGAGUUAAGUGGGAUGAGCGAAUCGAUAGCGAAGCGUUCAUGCGCUGGCGACAGUGGACUGGGUUAUUUCCAUUAGUCAACAAUGUUCGUAUCCCCAGAUGUUACUUCGAUAGUUCAACCGCGGAUCACUACAAUCGUAUGGAGCUACAUAUCUUCGUAGACGCGAGUGAAGAAGCCUAUGCAGCUGUAGCUUACUUUCGAAUCGUGCCGCCGGAUGGUGAUAUCAAGGUGGCAUUGGUCGCCGCCAAGACAAAGGUAGCCCCGCUUAAACCAAUGUCGAUACCACGGCUGGAAUUACAGGCUGCAGUACUUGGAAUAAGACUGAUGAAGUUCAUUCUAGAAAGUCAUCCGGUGAAAAUCGCUAGAAGAGUUCUACAUUCAGACUCUAGCACGUUUCUGUCCUGGAUCCGGUGCGAUCCCCGUCGCUAUAAACAGUACGUUGCACUCCGUGUCGCAGAAGUACUCAGCGAGUCUGAGGUCGACGAGUGGCGAUGGGUACCGUCGAAAAUGAAUCCUGCUGACAUCGCUACUAAGUGGGGCCACGGACCACCCCUCGAUCCAGACCACGAAUGGUACCGUGGGUACAAGUUCAUGAAACUGCCGGAAACUACGUGGCCGCCGCAACGUGUAGCCAUCCCAAUAACCGAGGAAGAGAUUCGUUCAUGCUAUACGCAUCAUGGGAUCUCUAUUCCAACACCAGUAGUUAACUUCAACAGAUUCUCAAGGUGGCCCACGCUGUUGAGAGGACUGGCGUAUGUCUUUCGAUACGUAAGCAACCUACACCGGCGGAUAAAGAAACAAGACACCACUGCAGGAUACCUUACGCAGGAAGAGUUGAGGAAGGCAGAAACGCACCUGAUUCGCAUGACACAGUGGGAAGUCUAUUCUGAUGAAAUGGUGACGCUGCACGGCAAUCAACAUCUGUCGCCUGAACGCAGGCAGCCAUUGGAAAAGAAUAGUACAUUAAACAAACUUACUCCGGUUUUGGACGAGAACGGCAUCCUCCGAGUUGACAGUCGCCUCAAUACUGCCAAGAAUAUCGCCAUGGAGACGAAAUUCCCGAUUAUUCUACCGAAAAAGCAUCCGCUUGCAUACUUGAUCGUCGACCACUUUCAUCGCCAAUAUCGGCAUGCCAACAGUGAAACCGUUGUCAACGAGGUACGACAGCUGUAUAAUAUCCCGCAACUUCGUCCAUUGGUCAAGAACGUUGCUCGAAAUUGCCAGGAAUGUAAGAUAGCAAAAUCUAUGCCAAGAAUACCGCGAAUGGCUCCUCUUCCGAAUGCACGUCUGGCUUUGUUCACUCGACCCUUCACCUACGUCGGGGUUGACCUGUUCGGUCCGCUGCUGGUAAAACUAGGAAGAAGCAACGUGAAACGGUGGGUGGCAUUAUAUACUUGCUUAACGACAAGAGCUGUACACGUGGAAGUUGUAUAUAAUCUCUCUACUGAGGCGUUCGUGAUGAGUAUGCGUCGAUUUGUGGCUCGUCGCGGAAGCCCUGUUGAGGUAUACUCGGAUAAUGGGACGAACUUCCAAGGUGCGAAUCGAUUGCUUCAAGAACAGAUUCAGAAAAUCGCCGAAGGUAUGGCAGCCACUUUUACCAAUACAACAACCAGAUGGGUGUUCAAUCCUCCGGGCGCUCCCCACAUGGGCGGUGCAUGGGAACGUUUGGUGCGAUCGAUCAAGGUAGCGAUGGCGGCGGUCAAUUCGUCGGGGCGAAAGCUGGACGACGAAGGACUCCUCACACUUAUAGUCGAGGCAGAAAGCAUCGUCAAUUCGCGUCCGCUGACGCAGCAGCAAUGGUGUUCGUCAGCCGGUAGUUGCCACAACAGAUGA